AAUAAAAGCUCUCUCUUUUACUUUUACGGUUUUACCCUUCUCAAUCUUUCCAGUGACUAGUCUAUGGCUACUGGUUAAAGCUUUACCCUCACUGCUGCUCUACCCCUGUCACUUCCAUUUCAGUGGUACCUCCUGGCUCUCUCUGCAAACCCAUUUCCACCUAAAGCCUUUUCCUCCAUCCAUCCACCAAAAGCCCUUUCCUUUUUCCAUUUUCUUUUUCUUUAUCACUCCCCUCACUCUCUCUCACUUUACCUACUUCAACUCUUGUAUACUGGCUCUCCCAACCAUGGAAGCUUUCAGCUUGCUCAAGUACUGGCGAGGCGGUGGUGUUGUGGCCAACCCCGUUCCCAAUAGCACAGACACUGCUUCUUCCGCUAACAUGCGCGCCCCUUCGACCUCCACCACCACCACCACAAUCCUCACCGCCGUCGCCCAACACAGAGACGAGACUGACGACGACGACAGCGACGGCGACGAUGGGCCUUUCUUUGACUUAGAGUUCGCUGUCCCCGACGAGGAUGAAGCCCAGCCGCAAACUCACAAACCCUCUGGCCAAAGUAUGGACGAGACCGAUGUAGAGCACCAAGAAGAUGACGACGACGAUAGCUCUGAGGAAGAUGAUGAAGAGUCUGAUGAUGGCGUGGACGGUGAGAGAGAGUUCAACUUCACGGUCUCUUCUGGGUCUAGCCAUGACCGUACGGACGACCCCACCCUCACUCUGUCUCCCUCCGACGACUUGUUCUUCAAAGGCAAGCUUGUGCCCAUUGAGCCCUCGUCGAUUGAGUUCAACCCAUCUGAAGAACCCAACUCCAAGCCCCAAUUCGCCGUUUCCUUGUUGAAAUCGGCCACCAAAUUUCGUGUUUUCAUGUUGGGUUUGAAGAAAUCGAAGUCGAAUGCAAAUGGGUCGGAGAAAACAGAGCCGGCUGUUGGAUCUGUUGAACCGCCGCAGAAAACCCAAGAGAAGCAGCAACAGAAACAGCAAGAGCCGCAGCAGCAGAAGCAAAAGCAGCAGGGGAAGCUCUUCACGGUGAAAUUUAAAGUCGAGGAGGUACCCAUUGUGUCUUUGUUUACCAGAGACAACAGCUCCAGAAUCUCCACCACCAACAAGUCCCAGUCCCAGACCCAGACCCAGACCCAGCAGAAGCCCAUAAGCGCUGCUGAAGAAUCGGCUUCUGAGGAAAAGCGCUUUUCCAAAGAAGUAAUGCAAAAGUACUUGAAAAUGGUCAAGCCUCUCUACGUUCGCGUGUCCAAGAGGUACGGCGAGAAGCUCAGGCUGUCCGGCCAACUCAGCUUAAGCGGCUCGACAGCGCCGGCGCCUGUUGCUGGGUGUGAGAAGAGCCAGUCAGGGACUGAAGCUUCAGAGCCGCCGGCGACGGCGAGCAUUGCGAAGAGUUGUCAUAAACAGGGAAAUUUUCCGGCUGGGCUGAGAGUAGUUUGUAAGCACUUGGGUAAAAGCCGGUCGGCUUCCUCGGCUGUAGCCGCGGCUCCAUCAGGAGCCGUGGUGUCUCAGAGGAGAGAUGAUUCGCUGCUUCAGCAGCAGGAUGGAAUCCAAAGCGCCAUUCUGCAUUGCAAGCGCUCCUUCAAUGCCUCCAGAGAUUCGGACUCUACCCUGCUAUCUCGGUCUGUGAGCGAUCCCUCGAAUGAAAAGUCAGUUGAGUUGUCACGCAAAUCGUCGGAUCAUGGCAAAGGAGUUGGCCUUUAACGGCUGUGAUCUUUCCACGUUUUUGCCCACAAAAGGCGGGAAAAUUGGGCUCACUGGUGAAGUCAAAGUAGUUGUGUUGGUGCGUUCAGCAGUUGCCUUGUAAUCACUGCCCAAAUGAAACAAGCCGAAAGGGAUUGAGAAAAUGAGCAAUACAUUUUCUUGUUGAUUGUAAAUGUCCUUAAAAACCCAGAAAAAAUUAAGAGUAGGAGGAUUAAAGAAGGUUCAGAUCUUUGUACCUAUUGUUAUUAUUAAACCUUUGUAGUAAGUCUCAGUUAAUUUGCUAUUUUUCUUAAUUAGCUAGCUU